AUGGCGGCGGCGCGUGCCCUUUGCAGCGCCAUCCUGCUGGCGGCGCUGGCCGACCGGACUCUCUCGCAAGGUUUCAGCGAAAUUGAAACUGGGCAGACUCUGCGCUCCUCUUGCCACACGCCUACGGCAAUCCGUCAGGUCCGGGUCAGCCGCCCGCGGAUCACCGAGCACCCGUCGGACGCGACCGUGCCGCGCCUUAGCCCCGUGACCUUGAACUGCCAGGCGGCCGGGUCACCGCCGCCGGCCGUCCGCUGGGUCAAGGACGGCCGGCGACUGGCGGCAAACACGGCGCACCGCGUGCUGCUUCCGCGCGGCUCGCUCUUCUUCCUGAGCGUGCGCCGCCGCGACGCCGGCGUCUACUGGUGCGUGGCCGACAACAGGCACGGCCGCGAUGCGAGCCGCAACGCCACGCUCGUGGUGGCAGUGCUGCGGGAGGAGUUCCGGGUGCGGCCGCUGGAUGCGGAGGUGACGGCUGGAGAGCGGGUCACUCUGGCGUGCUCACCACCCAAGGGCGACCCUCCGCCGACCGUGCGCUGGCUGCGAGACGACACCGGGCUGGACCUCACGGCCAACGACAGGUAUCACCUGGCCGGCGAGGGUGACCUGGUGAUAGAGAACGUGACCCAGCACGACGCCGGAAACUACGUGUGCGAGGCCAGGAACUAUGCGCAGAUGAAGCGACUCUCGGCGGCCGCUCGGCUCACUGUACGAGCCCAUUCCGAAGCCGCCAAUGGCUCCAGUGACGUCACGACGCUGCCGGGCGGGGCGGCCGAGCUGACCUGCCCGCUGGCUGACGACGGGACCGGCCUGGUCCGCUGGCGGCGCGUCGACGGCUCGCCGCUGAGGGGCACCAACCGAGCUCACGUGCUCACCAUCGAUGACGUCACGGCCGCUGACGCCGGCGUGUACGAAUGUGGACGGGGCUCGACAUCAGCCGCCGUCAGCCUGACCGUCCACGCCCUGCCUGAAUUCCACAAGAGUCCCAGCGAUCGGCUGGCCGCGGCGGGGUCAGAGGUCAUGAUGGACUGUGACGCCGCCGGGUACCCGGAGCCCAUCACGUUCUGGACUCGCGGAGCCAGCGCCAAGGCCAUGUUCCCCGGGCACGAAGAAAGGUCACUCAUCAUUUACAGCAACGGCACACUGCACAUCCAGGCGACCCACGCCUACUUGUUCCCGUUUGACAUCUCCCGUCUGACAGCUCCCAUCCGGUGCGCUGUCUGCUGGUUCCUGUCUGGUGCCUCCCGUCUGGGGCAGCCCUGCCCGGGCGCUUCGGCCGGAGUCGGGGCCCAACUGGCGCCCACCGGCUGUUCCGGUACAUUGACCGCCGCCGGGGAGACGGCGACGGCGGCCUCAUGCCGACAGCCCUGGCUGGCCGAACACAGCAGCCAGAUCGGCACCAGGAAUUGGAAAUGA